CUGUAGGCCCCGCCCGCGUCCUGACGCUGAUCUGACAGAGGAAAGCUGCUCUAACUGGAGAACAGCGGGGAGAGCCAGCGAUGGCUUCACUCAGACAGGAGCACCACUAUGGGCUCUCCUGUGGAAAAGCUACCAAAAACUGCCCCAGCAUUACUCUGUACCACGUCAAGCUCACAGACACUGCGAUCAGAGCUCUGGAGGCUUAUCAGAACCUCAAGGGAGUUUUACAAAAUGAGACAUCAAUCUGUUUCAAAGGAAACCAUGGGUACAUGAAGAUCCCAGCACCUACACCAGAGUUACCUUCUGCUCUGCGCAUCUUCUCCUUCUACUUAUCCAGUGACAGCAAAGACCAGCCACAAGCCAGUUUUGACUGCAUCCAUCAGUACAUUUCAAGCGAUGGCCGUGAGCAGCUGGAGGGCCAAGGCAGCAUCCAGGACAAGAUCACCGUGUGCGCCACUGACGACUCCUACCAGAUGACCCGCGAGAGGAUGUCUCAGAUGGAAAAGGACAGCUGGAGCCGUUCAGCCAUCGAGAUCAAACCUGGAGCCACACAUCCAAGUAAAAAUCUCAAGUACCAAAAAAGAUCCGCUCCCCCAGCUGCUUCUGACACCAACUUCUACAAGCAGUCAGCCAACAAAAGGAGGAACAGCAGCAUGCCUGCCCCCAUCCAGAAGCCCCUGAAGGAACGCAUCAUCCACCUGCUGGCCCUCAAACCUUACAGGAAACCAGAGCUUCUCCUGUGGCUGGAAAGAGAGCGAGCUGGAACAAAGGACAAGGCUGAGCUGGGUGCUGUGCUCGAGGAGGUGGCUAAAGUAAAUCCCAAAGACAGCAGCUAUUUGCUGAAGGAGGACUUCUACAAGCAUGUGCAGAGGGACUGGCCAGGCUACAUCGAGGAGGAGAAGCAGCUGAUCCGCAAGCUGCUGUCCAGAAAACUUCAGCCCCACAUCAGCAAGAAAUCAAGAAACUUUCGAGCAAGCUUUUCAACACCUGUGACCCCUGAGGAUCCAAGCACAGCAAAAAACCCAGCUGUGAAACGUCCGGUUCCUUUGGACUCACAGGAAAGACUGGCAGCGAAAAGACAAAAACCUUCUGACCAAAGGCUACACCACCAGUCUGCAGCUAAAGCACUCGUGACCAUUAAAGGAGCACAUGAUAAUGCAGCUGUGACCCUUGACCCCAGCCCCAACUCUAGUAUUGAACCUCAGAGGACCAGUGGCAUUACUGGUGACCUGUGUGGCCUAAAUGUGACCCACUGUGACUUUCCUUUUGUGCAUGCCACAUCUGAUGGACACAUAUCUGAGAACAGAGAGCAGGACCCCAAAGUGAACAAGCUCAAAAUGCCCCAGAACAACUCUGACUGCACUCAGCAGCAACUAAACAACAGCCAGCACAGAAAGAAGAAAUCUAAAAAGCACAAAGAAAAGGAGCGAGAAAGGUUAAAAGAUGACAAAGGAGCUGAAUGGCUGCAGUUGAGUCCUGAUCUCAAGCAGAAUCCAGAUAAACUUGACAAUCUUGACAUCACAAGUGCUGCGGCCUCUGAGAAGCCGGAUUACCUGCUGGCAUACAGCCCCAUCACACAUUCGGAGCAACGACAACAAUAUCAGGAGGAUUUCUGUACAGAGUACGAUGAGUACAAAGACCUUCACUCCCGGAUUGCAGCCAUAACACACAUGUUUGUUCAGCUGGGAUCCAAGAUCAAUACUCUGUCUCCUGGCACGCAGGAAUAUAAGACAAUGGAAGACCAAAUACUGGAAAAGUACAGCAAGUUUCGAAAGAAGUUUCCAGGCUACAGGGAAGAAAAGAAGCGCUGCGAGUAUCUUCAUGAAAAACUGUCAUACAUCAAACAGCUCAUCAUCGACUAUGAUCUCUCUAAGGCCUCUUUAUAGCAUUUGCUUGCAUAUUUUAAAAAAUGUCAACUUUGCAUACCCAGCUCGAGUGCUGAUGUGUUUUUAACAGUGAUAUAAACAGUUUUGAAAGAGGACAUCAGCUUUUUCCGCACACCUUCACUCAAACCACAGAUGGAACUGUGAGUUCUUGUAAUAUAUUAGCAACUGAGUGUUUCAGUCUCUCUGAGCAGUCAAAGGGGCAAGAGGGUCAAAUCUGAGUGAAAAAUCACUCAAAGGUAUUUGGUUGGAAAGUAGGCUUGAUCUUAACUUAUUUACUGUGCUUUUUUGACACUUGUUAAAUCAUUUAUUUUCUUUUUUAUACCUUUUAUUCUUCUAAAUAUGUCUUUUUGCAGUGUAAGCCAAAAUGCUUUUAGAAAUUGCCUUAUCUAGGUGAAAUAGGUGAAUCAGCCCACAUGUGAACAUAAAUGAAUCCACUUCAUUUGUUGCCCCUGCAGUCUCCUCACAGAUUUUAUGCUAUAUUACACAAAAUGGUGAAUUACAGUGUUUUGCAAAAUUAUUGAGAUCUGGAGCACUUCUUUGCAACAGAGUAGUGCAUAUUUUUCAAAUGGAAGCAAAACGAUACAUGGCUUGAAAUUUGUUGAGGUUUUUUUACAAGUAAAAAAUCUUGAUUUCCGCUGCAUGAUCCUGCCACUACCAUGUUUUGAGUUGGGGUUGGAGUGUUUAGGCUGAUGUUCAGUGUUAGUUCUCCUUGUUUUGCAUGUGGUCCAGAAAAUUCAGUUUUAGUCUCAUCUGUCCCCUACAUGGCUUGUGGCAAACAAACAUUUGCACGCCACACUUUUCAAAUUUUGAUUUUACAUUUUGAUUUUUUUCCAUAACGAUUUCAUAAACCAUGUAUCCUUUUCCAUUCACUGUAAAACUAUACAUGAUGUUGUGUUGGUCUAAAUCCCAAAGACAUACAUUUGAGGUUUGUGGUUGUAAUGUCACAAAAUGGGAAAAGGUUUAAAGUCAGAAUACCUUUGCAAAGCUCUGUUUACUAAAAAUAUUUAGCAUUAGAGCCCAUGUGGGCUGAGGGACUUACAACUGAGUUAGUAACAUUUGUUACAUUAAAAUGACAUGUCACACUCUAUUUUAUUUAGAUUUAUUUUAAAGAGAACAGAAAAGGCUGAAUGGAUUCAGUGUAAUCGACAUCUGUGUUGUCUCCGAAAUGCACUUGAGUUUAAAGUAUUUAUUUAUCACAUUCCCUGUCUUUUGAGCAUCUGGUAAAUGGACCAAAGCGUUUAACUAGCACAUCUGCUGAAGUAUUUUAACCAAUAGAAGAAAAACACUUGCGUGUAUGUUGUUUUUUUUGCAUUGAACUACUGAUGUAUUUAUUUUCAGCCAAUUUACCUAUGUCCUGUGACAUUAGUCAUCUGAGCUUUUAAAUCAAAGUGUUUGCAGCCAUGCAGCCAGGGACAUGAUGUAAGAAAGAUUGAAAGGUAUCUUUUAAUUUAAUCUGUUUCCGUCCUUAGAUUCUCUUGCUUUUAGUUGCCUUUAAAAGCAUCGACUAUAAGUGAAUAAAAACAAAUGCUGCCAAUA